AUCGGUCAUGGGGGUGUCGAUUGAUGGGUUGACAAGGCCAUUUGUGGCUUCUGGGAGAGGAGGUUGUUGUUGAUCUGCCAUUGUUGAGAUUUGUGGGGCGGGUGUAUAUAGGUCUUGAACAAACAGAGUGAGGGUUGGCGGUGACAAGUCUCGGCGACAAGGUAGCUUGUCAUGAUGCGAUUGCGAUUUGCGAUUUUGGUGGAGGAGCUCUCAGUCUGGAAGCUCCAGCUUCGGUUCGUGCUUUGCGCAAAUUGCCCCACCUUUGUUGACACGCAGUCACGGGAUUUGGUGUUAGCUUGGCUUUUUGGCUCAAUGAUUUGGACAGGGGGGUUCGCGCUUUCGUCCUUCUGCCUGGUUUGCAUUUUUUUGGUGGAAUGGCUUCCGAAAAUGCACGGCUAGAGUGAGGACAUGCAACCUUCUUUCUCUUUUUAUCCACCAUGAUACCACAGAGCCUUGGUUCUGUUUCUUCUCUGAUACGCAAUGGAUCGUUUUGUGCAGCGAUCCAAGUCUAGCACGAGCCGGUCACCGCUUGCCACUGGAUCCGGAAAUUCCAACAAGAGGCCUGAGGGAGCUGCGCAACGGACUACUCCAACAAAACGGAGAAGGGUUGCCGAGCCGAAGGAGAGCGGUGAUGAAGACGAUGAAUUUGACUUGCCAACCUUGACCAAGAGUGUCAGGGACAGCGAGGAUGAAGCUCCCAAAAUGCCACCACGCCAGACAGCAAUUGAGAGCUCUUUGCCGGCUGUCCCGAUAGAUAAAGAAGCGAUAGAGCAGUAUGAGGCCAUGCGCUCCUCUCAACCACAGAUCGAUGAAGACAAUACCACUACCAGGUUCGAAAAGCGGCAAUGGGUCCCAGGAAAGAGCUCUAUCUAUGUCGAUGCCUUCAACCUUGCAUUGGAGACCGUCUUGGAGGAUGAAUCGCCUUUGUUUGAUAUCAAAGAGAACCAUGUCUUUGAGCAAUGGCGAGGCUUGAGCUAUGAGACUCAGUAUCUGUAUGUACGUCUCUUUCUGCGCAAGACUGCCUCUUGGCAUCGCGUGGAACGGCUGCAGUCUUCUUACAGCAACGAUAUCACCGAUGUUGAUCUUGCUAUUGAGAACCUUUUGGAGCCCCGGGAGUUGCCAGGUGACAGCAAUAAUUCUCCAGAAGAGACACGAUCUGAGGGUCUCGAAGUGUGGUCAUUGGGCGACACUUUUACCUUUGCGGAUGACUCUCAAGAAUACAUCAAAACUAUGGCAGACGCCACUCCGUUGUUGAGUCUUGACGAACUCAAGGCACUUGCAAAGGAUGCCAAGGUUAAGGGGAAGAACAAAGCCGAUCUAGUCAAGGCGCUCUGUCACACAAGUGCUCGACAGGCCGGCUUGCUGUCCUUGGGACUAAGUCGGCAAAAUACUAAUGAAUCGAUAGCCUCGCGAGACCAGGAGCCAGAAGACAAUCAAGAAAAAACGGAAGUAAACAGGGAUUCUCACUUUCUCAGGAAGAUACUUGCUACCACAGGGCCACUCAUCAGGCUCUCCGAGCCCAUCUUCAAACUCUUCGAGCGUGUUCAUCUGGUCUUCUACCGGUCAACCGAAUGGACCGAGAACUCACUGACGGCGAUCAUCCUGGCUAAGAUUGCACGAAGGAACUACCCAGACUAUAUCGUCUGCAGAUCCUCCAACAUAUUCGACUCCCGCCAAAGCCUCCUGGAGUUCGAGCUCUCGAUGCGCAAAGACUUCGAGGUGGACAAGGUUCUCGAGUUCAAUGGCCCACCAGGUGAAGCAGGUUUCCUAAAGGUCCUCGAGAUCUUUGAGGGCAUAGCUGAACGAUGGAGAGAACUUCUCAGGCAGGAACAGCACCGCGAAAACCAUGUAUACGAGUUUGGCGAAGGGAGUUACCUUCGUCGGUUCAACGCAGCUCACGCCUUCACUCGGGUCGCUCACAAAGCUGCCUACGUCCUUGGCCGUCUACACCGAUAUCGGGAAGAACACGCGCUUCUCACCGAAUUACUCAGUCAGCAUCUCUUCCAUCCAGCCCGCCGCGGAUCGUGGUAUCAACGCAAGGCCUUACUGGAGGAACGGUACAUGUGGGAAGUGGAUCCAGACCCUGUGUCAACCAGUCCCGAAACUCAGAAGAAGCACUGGCAACAGAUUGCCCUCAUCACCUGCGAGACGGGACUGGAGGAUAGAGACUGCCACCUGAUCUAUCACUACGACCUCCAAAAGCGCCUUCUCAAGCUUGAAAAGAGAUUACGGGUGCCACGUCGUCUGCAGCAUGACUUUGGUCAUGUGAAGCUACGGGAACCGGAAGAGCAUAACGUUCAGGGCAUCCAGUUGGUCCGAGAUGGCCCGGAUCCCAAAGGCAAGAACGGCCGCGGCCUGAGCACCAAGACGACGUGGCUCGACGAACUAGGCGAGCUUGACGAGGAUGGAGAACCAGCUCAUGUCAGUGUUGAGGAGAUGUGCCUAUCAUACUAUCGCCACGAGGGCUGGAAAGGCUACCACAGUGAAGGUGGAAUUCUCCGAACAUUGUUUGCUUACUUGUUCUUCGACAUCUUAUUCGUCUAUGUUCCCAAUGUUUUCCAGACGGCUUUCCAAACAUGCCCCCUCGAUCUCCACACGGAUGCAUUCUACCCAGCCCGGGCCAGUCAGAUCAACCAUCGGCUUGUCGAGAUUGCCAACGGUGGUGGCGAGAAGAUUUUGCGGGAGGUUUACGAGCGGGAGCAUGAGAGGCAAACCUGCGUUGUAGGCUUGAACUGGGACUUUGAAAUCGAGGACUUGGUAGAGUUGGUCUCCUGUUUCAACAGGGCUGCCCUUGCUGCCGUAUGCAAAGUCAUGUCAGAAGACUAUAGGGCACGCGGAGGCGGCGUGCCAGAUCUCGUGCUGUGGAGGACAGCCGGAGACGAAGCCCAAACCAAUCGAGAUGGCAUCAACAACAACAUUGACCGAAAAGGAGAGGUCAUGUUUGUCGAAGUCAAGAGUGCAAACGACCGCCUCAGUGAUACACAACGACUAUGGAUCCACGUACUCACAGGCGCAGGAGUGAGGGUUGCGCUGUGCAAUGCCGUGGCACGAGAGGUGCGAACAUUGCUGUGAUGGAAACAACACAUCACAUUGUUUCUCGGCCCUACUGGAGGACAUCACGCUCCCCCGUCGAAGUGUGACAAGAUGGAAAUAGCAACAUGCGUUCCUUGGUCCUGGGUUCGUCACGGAGAUACCGAGCAAUAUCAUAUGGCUACUAACCUCAAGCACUCCAUGCGGCACAGCUUCAAGGGCUCUAGCGGAGAGACCAUCGCCGGGUUAGAGUUGGGAUGCAUGGUAGCACACGUGGAGGCCUAGGAAACACAAGAUCACAGAGUCCCAAAUAUAGGAAGUUCAUCACGACGGUUCGUUUCAAAACGUUCUACCCGCCUUCGAAACAUGCAGAUGCAGAGAUCCCGUCGGCGUCAUGAUUCAGGGGAUUGAUUCGACGUGAGAGACCCCCGGAUUCGUUUCAGUUUCAGAUUGUGGGUUCCGUUUCAGUCGAAUUAUCCCUCUUGCCCUUCCACUCGGCUACGGCUUCGUCAC